UUGUCGACAUUCAUUUGUUUUAGAUUUGAUCAGCUGCAAAUUUUUCUCUUGUAGGUUCUUGUUUUGCACUUUUCGCAGAAAUCGACUAGAUUAACAUCAAGGUCGCUUCGUCAAGGCCACAGCAGCCAUGUUUGGAAAGUGGUAAUGCAUAGCUAACAGGGAAGACGAAUAGGUGUAUCUCGAAUAAGCUGAGCUUAUAAUUGGGCGUCGGAAAAACACAAAACGACGGCGCCUGAUAAUCAAAUGCUCUGAAAAUCAGCCUUUGAAAUUUCAUUGUCGAUAGUGUUGACCUUGUCUCGGCAUUAUAAUGGCUGGAGUUGGCGGACCUCAGUCACCCCUGGACAUGAAACCCGACACAGCAACUCUCCUGAAUGCAGUAGGCUUUGGUCCUGGCGCCCUUGGGGGCCCCAACAGUCCCGGAAUGCCUCAGGCUUCCUUCCUAGGCGACCGUGGCAAGGCUGGCUCAAGCAACGGUGAAGCUUCCAACAGCUCUUACCCUCCGAAUCAUCCUCUGAGUGGUUCCAAACACCUGUGCUCCAUAUGUGGAGACAGGGCCAGCGGAAAACACUAUGGUGUGUACAGCUGUGAAGGUUGCAAAGGAUUCUUCAAACGGACUGUCCGGAAGGACCUGUCCUAUGCUUGCCGAGAAGAUAAAAACUGCAUCAUUGACAAGAGGCAGCGCAACAGAUGUCAAUACUGCAGAUACCAAAAAUGUUUGGCUAUGGGUAUGAAACGAGAGGCAGUUCAAGAGGAACGGCAACGCACUAGAGAAAAAGGCGAAGCUGAGGUUGAGUCAACAAGCAAUGCUUAUUCAGACAUGCCAGUGGAGCGCAUACUUGAGGCAGAACGCAGGGUCGAGUGCAAGCUGGAACCACAAACAGCGAACGACCUUCAUGAACCGGACACAGCAGUGACCAGUAUUUGUCAGGCCACAAAUAAGCAGUUGCUGCAGCUGGUCGAGUGGGCCAAGCACAUCCCCCACUUCACCUCUCUCCCCAUUGAGGACCAGGUUGUCCUGCUUCGAGCCGGCUGGAAUGAACUUCUGAUCGCAGCCUUCUCCCACCGCUCAAUAGACGUGAAGGAUGGCAUCGUUCUUGCCACUGGUCUCACAGUCCACCGUGACUCAGCCCACCAGGCCGGGGUUGGCGCUAUCUUCGAUCGAGUCCUUACUGAGCUGGUGUCCAAAAUGAGAGAAAUGCGCAUGGAUAAAGCUGAGCUGGGAUGCCUGAGGGCAAUUAUUCUGUUCAACCCCGACAUUCGAGGCCUCAAAUCGCAGCAGCAGGUGGAAAUCCUCAGGGAAAAGGUGUACGCAGCCCUUGAAGAUUACACCCGAUCCACGCGUCCUGACGAACCGGGCCGAUUUGCCAAACUGCUGCUACGUCUUCCGUCUCUCCGCUCCAUUGGCCUCAAGUGUCUGGAGCACUUAUUCUUCUUCCGCCUCAUCGGCGACGUGCCGAUAGACUCGUUCCUCACGGAAAUGCUCGAGUCGCACAACACAGACUCAUAGGCUGCUGGGAGAGAGCAAAUCUGUGGAGGCCGACUUCUCGUCAUUAUCGAGGGAACGAAUUUUAGCACUAGUUAUUUAAUUAGAGCGAUCCUGAAAUCAAUCUAUUCAUGUUUCAACCUUUGGAUGUUUACAUAAAUGUUAGAUAUUCAAUGUGUACCUUGGUAAUUUACAGCCGGUUGUUUUCAAGAGCUGAAUUUCACUUUUUAGACUUUUACUUCAAGAGACGUUACAUUCAUAAUAUUUUAACUGAACGCCAUCUCAAACAAACUGAGUCCCAAAGAUGAAGCAAUUAAAAAUCAAAAUGAUUCUCACACAGCUUGCUGUACCAAGUACCAUUUUUAGCAUGGUAUCAGUUUUCACUCUUUAAACCAACCGCGCUUCAUUAUAUUAUAAAGAAUUCAUUACCGAUAGCUCUCACGUGACUAACAUUUUUCAUCAUUCUUGCAUAGAAGACUUAUAGCUUGUAAAUUUACACGCCUUGAACAAUAAUUUUUAAUUGUCCUUUGACAAUUUUGGAUUGUUACUUAAUUCUACCAUAUUUUUGUAAAUCAACGAGCACUCUAUUGGGUUGUUAUCUAUGCUGCUGAUUCAUUAUUCAUAUUACAUUUUUAUAGUGAUAGAGCUGUUAAUUAAUUGGUUUGGGUUCCAAUUUGAUAUUAUGAAUAUUGUAUUUUAUGCACAGCAUUUUCUGUAAUAUUUUCCCCUGGCAAAAUAUUUUAGGCGCACUACUACGAUAAUUACUCGUGUUUCCCUCCCGAGCACGUUGCACACAUACCCUGAUGCAUCCCUUAACUUUCUGAGUGUCCUCUCUAUGAGAAUUAAACCCCGGAAAAUUUAAGAGUGUGUGUUGGAAUUUUAUGGUGGAUGGCCUGUUGUUUUGUCAAGAGCACUGACUUUCAAGCACUGAAAAGAAUAUUAUAAUCUUUUAAAUAAGAAAACGGCCAACUCAAUUGUGGUGUUGACAAGAGUAAGACUGAAGAAUUUGUUGAGAGCGACAGAGUUUUUAUGUAUACAUUUGACAAAACAUG